UGCGCUCUGUUUGUGAGGCAGAGAGUUGCGUGCGAAGAGCUCGACAUGUCAUUCAGAGGAAUCCGCCACCUGAAACGCGAGGAAGUGAAGGCGACUCAAUUGGGUAUAAAGCAUCAGCCAACAUCUGCCCCGAGCAGUGCAAAGCUGAUGAAAACAUCAGCUCGGAGCUCACAGAGGACCUCUCCGAUUUGUUUUAUUUCUCUUGGAUUUAUCAUUUGGCAUUACCGAGUCGGUGCACCCAGGGACGCAUCUCUUUUUUUGCACUUAAAGUGAAUGUGGCUCAACAGCAGACAUUAUACUGGAAUUAACUGAUACCCGCCGAGAUUCUGGCGCACCUGUUACCUCCACGGAGCGCAAGACCAUGAUCCCUCCGGGAGACUGCAUGUAUGCGGGCCGAAAGAGGAGGAAGCCCAUCCAGAAACAGAAGCCGUCUUCCUCCAAUGAGAAAACCAACCCGUCCAAGCGGCACAGAGACAGGCUGAAUGCUGAGCUGGACCGGCUGGCCAGCCUGCUGCCGUUCCCCCCGGAUGUCAUCUCCAAGCUGGACAAGCUGUCCGUGCUGCGCCUCGCAGUUUCCUACCUCCGCGUCAAGAGUUUCUUCCAAGCAAACCCAGAUAAGACCUCCAGGAAGCACAUCAAUAGCACAGCAUCCUCUAACUCUGAACCCAGGAAAGAGAGCCUUCCAGUGGGCACCGGUGUCAAUGAAAGCAGCCUCCUCCUGGAGUCUCUAACAGGCUUUGCCUUGGUGGUGAGCAGUGAUGGGAUGGUCUUUUAUGCCUCCUCAACCAUUGUGGACUAUCUGGGAUUUCAUCAGUGAGCGAGGGGAGCACCUCCGGAGGCACUCCUUCAGUGGAGGAAUGGGUGACAUUGCAGACCCUCUCCUCCUCUCCUGUCCCACUCCUGGCGCUACCCAGCGAGGUCACCACACUCCCUGGACCCCGCUCUCCAAAGACAACCUCAAGUACCACCCUGAUGGUUACUACAACCAGGAGGAACCCCUCAACUACUGCAAGUCCUCCAUGGCUCCCCAUAAAGGUGUCAGCCCUGGCCUGGGCAGCGGCUGGCCUCUGCGGCCAAACUCAGGUCCCAUCAGAGCGGGCCAGGGUGUCGGCUACAUCUCCUCUAACCGCUUGAACAAGGUCGGCCAAUAUGGAAAACCAUACCGGCUUUCCCCCAGCUGCCACAGCGGCAGAGGUGGCGAGGUGUUUGUCUCUAAGCUCUAUGGGAACGUCCAGAUUCCCACAGAUCCAGAUGCCUACUGUGUGGAUCUGGUGAAGAACGAAAACGGCUACAGAGAAUGCUACGACGGCCAUCUGAUGCCCGAGAUGCCGCCUAUCAAGGUAGAGCACGACUCGGACUCUGAGAACGGCUGUGAUGCCUAUGGGCGACCCUGGGCUUGCCGUGACCCAGAGGCCAUCGACCGUCGCUACGGUAAUGGGGUGUACGACCAGACCUCGUCCCUCCAUCUCAAAUCAGAGGCAGAUUACUAUGAUCCACAGUACUCGCCCUGUCAGCGAGGGAAAGCAGGAAUCAGCCCACCGUACAACAGCGGCAACUACCAGAACUAUGCAGUCAACAACAGCGGCAACGCAACCGGACGUCUGUUAAAAUGUGACAAAGACUUGGGCAAUAACAAUGACAACAGCCAGUUUAGUCCUCAGAGACUCUCCCACUCAGACUCUCUAUGCAGCAACCAAUCUAUCAACCUCAUGGACUCGCACGUCUAUCCACAAGACCCUCACAAGGCCUACAUGCACCAGGAAUACAACAAGCAUGGCGCUUAUGAGUUCAAAGGUCACAGCCUGAUCCAUUCAAUCAAGCGGGAGCCCAUGGACUCCCCACCGUGGUCCGAGAACGCUCACGACAUUAGUCAGUCCAUGAUGGUUGGUCCAAGGAACGCUAUGCCAUGUGUGAUGAGCACAGGGCACCACAAGUCCAGUCCCUACAUUUAUAUGCCGUAAAAAACAGUUCAAACAUUAGCAGAUAAUGACCCCCGCACCCUACACACACACACACACAGACACACACACACACACACACACACAAUCAGUGUGCUUUAAUGUACUUAAGUCGCCACAUGCACCAGCAUUACAAGGACAGUCUUUGAUUACGAGGAUUCCCAGGAUGUCACCAUUCAGAUUGCUUCUUCUAUUUGAUGAAGAAGUCACAAACAAGACUCAGGUUCUAGUGUUAGUGUUGUGACAAUCAUAAAUAAUACUUUUAAUCCAGUUUAUGGAUAGAUUAUUUAGUUUUUAAGGAAUACAUUUUGUAGUUGGUUCCAAGCACUUUUUGGAUUUAGUGACAAUGAGACAAAUUAUGUCUAGAAACACAAUUUCAUUUUGUUUUAUGUGUUGUGUACACCUGGCUUUUGUGGGAGGAAUAAAUAUUUUGCUGUAAAAAGAUAUGUUUUCUUUUAGCUAUGUAUGCAGAUGACUUACACCUACUGCUGGGCUUAUAUAGGGAGGAGUCAGUGAUAACAACUUAAAGGACAAUCUGCCUUGAUGGUGGUUUUGCAUGUUUUAAUGCUUUAACUAUAAAUGGCCUACCUUUUUCAUUACAGCCUCCAGUGAUGUAUGAAUGGAAAUUACUGGUUUCUAUGCAUUUUAGAAUCGUAUUAAAUCAACUUGCAGAGACUUGGAAAGAAAACAUUGGAUAAAGUUACAUAAAUGUCAUAAGAUAAUACGUUUGCAACCAGGGUCUGCUUUAAAAACACUGAUACCUAAUAUUGAGCAGCUGCACAACCAAAUUCAUUGACAUCUUUUUCACAACAUCCAUGUUUUCUCAGUGUUUGUGUUCUAAAUUUGAUUUUCCAAGAGCAUAACUUAUAAUCCAAUUGUCAGAGCAUCCUUGAACACACCAUUAAGGACAGUUUUUUAAAACCUGACAGUGACAUAAAGUUUAUGCAAUUUGUAGUUAACGGGUCAAAACAUGUAAAACUAUUAAUAUGGCCAAAGCUUUAAGUAUAUUCACUACAUUUGUUUAUUAAACUAGAAACAGCCUGGUUAGACAGACAUAGGCCUAAGGGCAUUAAAUAAGGAGGGUCAGUAAGUAUGGAAAGAAACCCUGAACCACAAACCUGUGGUUUAACCAUGCGUCCUGCUGAAGCAUCCUUGAGCAAGGUACUAAAUCCUAACAAGUUCUGCAGGCACCCCUCUGUCCCUGCUGCUUGUCUCUAACCUCCUUAGAGAAGGGAUACAAGUAAAAGUGAAGUUUUGGGUGUGCAACAAAAGUAUCAGGAUUUCAAAACGGAUUUAAAAGUAAGUCACAAUUAGCAUUUACCAGCAUUAAAUUGAAAAUGUAAACAUGACAACAACUCAAAUUAGACACUAGAAUUGUCAUUGAAUUGCAGGCCUAAGACCAACUUGGACUUAAGAAAGACGCCCUGCACCAGUUAAAUUAUGUAUUUUGAAUUGAUGGUUUGUUUGGACAAGGUAGAAGUGUUAGUUUGAAUUGAAGGAAAGGAAGGCAGUCUAUUAUUACAAGGCUCAAUGUUGAUUCUUGCGAUGUGCACAAUGAUUUCGUAAUUUUAGGUCAUGAAACUCCUGUUGAACGUACAAAUAAUAUUAAUUUAUGUCAUUUUGUGUCGAAGCUAAUGUUGUAUAGUGUGGAUUAUUGUUCAUGACAAGAUCAGCAUUUCAAUCAGCCUAUCUCACUGCAGACACACAUUUCCUUUGAAAUGAAUAUAAACUUUUAUGUUGUCUUUCCAGUCACAAAACAUCAGACAUUCUCUUCACAAUCAGUAUUUUUGCACAAAUUAAUUAAAAGCACCAAAUUGAGUCAAUGUCAGAGUCUCAGUUCUGUGAAGCUACUGUGGUAGUUUCUAAAUUGCACUACUGGGAGUAGUUCAGUUGAAGUUCAGCCUAGCCAGACAAGUUUUUGAAUCGACACGCACAACUGUACAUGGUGUCACUGUUUUGAAUUUGUCUUUUUCUCUUUGUGUGUUCAUUUCAAUAAAUGUUUGAUGACUCGUAUUUAUUGUAAGAGGCUAAAGUGCAUAAUUUAAAAACUACAGUUUUGAAGGCUUUUCUGUUUAACUGAGGUAAAUAAAUGGCUUUUUUUUCUUGCUUUCUUUUUGAUAAUUGUUAAAAAGACUGUCAUACUUAGUCUCAUGGAGGAGGUAGCUGCAAGGUAGCGAACACAGUGUAUAUAUGCAGUGUCUUCCAAUGUUUCUAUGUGUUUUUGCAAAUGGGACUUAUCUAUUAAAAGACUUUUCUUUAUAUGUAAAA